AUGUCGUCCGUGAAGGCCCUAAACCCCUCCUUGCAGGCCCGCCGCGACCCGUACUACAAGCGCAACCACAUGGGCCGCGUCACCUGCACCCUCUGCGACGUCUGCUGCACGGAUGACAACAACUUCCUCAAGCACAUCGCGGGGAAGACGCACUGCACGCAGCUGGAGCGCAUGGAGCGCUACGCACGGCGCGAGGAGCGGCUGGCAGAGGAGGAGGAGCUCAGCAGGGAGGCGAGCCGCCGCGCGGAGCAGCAGAAGGCGACGCGUGAGCUGCUCCUUCAGCAGGACCCGCAGGGGGGCGCUCGCGGUGGGGCGCUCGCCACCGCCGCCUUUGCCCCCUUUGGCAGGCCGCAGUUUAAUUACUGCACGGAAAAUGAUCCGGAGUUGUUUCAGACGAAGGUGUGGCUCGAGUUUUUCUUUCCCCAGGCGGCGGCGGGGGUUCGGCCGCUGCACCGUUGGCGCUCGGCGCGAGAGCAGGAGAUGGAGCGGCCACCGGACGACAGUGUCGUGUACCUGCUCGUGGCGUGCGAGGGGUACGUGACGAUUGCCGUCAAAUUCCCGUCGAAGCUGCCACGCACCUCCGCCUCGGCGGCGGCGGCGGGCGCCGCGAAGACGAUGGCUCCGCCCGGGGGCGACGCCGCGGUGCCCGCAAGCGAUGAGGAGGAGGGCCGCUACCACUGCAGCUGGGAUCCACUGAAGAAGGUGUACUCCCUCUUCUUCAUUCUCGGCUGA